AUGAGCCUGGGCCUUCCCUUCCUGCUGGCCCUACUGUUCCUCCUUGGCCCAGCCGCAGGGGAUUUGGGGAAUUUGGAGCCCCCGAUCUCUGGCGCCAGCCCCGGCUCCUUCUCUGAUGAUGACUUCAGCUCCAGCUUGACCCCUGGCCCUGGUCCCAGCACUGGCCCCACCACCGUGUCCCAGCUGUUUUCCAAUUUCACCGGCUCCAAGGAUGACCGCGGGACCUGCCAGUGCUCCAUUACCCUGCCAGACACCACCUUUCCCGCGGACAGAGUGGAACGCUUGGAAAACACAGCUUACAGUCUCUCCAGGAGGUUCAAGAUAGAGCUUUCUAAAGUGAAGGAGUAUAUCCGUUUAAUCAGUGUGUAUGAAAAGAAACUCGUAAACCUAACUGUCCGAGUAGAGAUCAUGGAAAGUGAUAUCAUUUCUUACACUAAACUGGAAUUUGAGCUGAUCAAGAUAGAAGUGAAGGAGAUGCAGAAACUGAUCAUACUGCUGAAGAAGAGUUUUGUUGGAAGCUCAGAAAUUGUUGACCAGCUGGAACUGGAGAUAAGGAAUUUGACUCUCGUGGUAGAGAAACUGGAGACACUAGACAAAAACAAUGUCCUUAUCAUUCGCCGAGACAUCGUGGCUCUGAAGAAAAGGCUAAAGGAAUGUGAAGCCUCUAAAGAUGAAAAGGUUCCCCUCCCUCCGCCUGCUCCGGGGAGCUGUAGUCACAGUGGUGUGUUGAACAUCAGCAGUCCGGCAGUAGUUCAGCUCAACUGGAGAGGGUUCUCCUACAAGUACGGUGCCUGGGGUCGGGAUUACUCUCCCGAGGAUCCAGGGAAAGGGCUGUAUUGGGUGGCACCUUUGGAAACAGAUCGGAGAACUUUCCAAUAUUACAGACUCUACAACACACUGGAUGAUUUGCUAUUGUACACAAAUGCCCGACAGUAUGAGAUUAAAUAUGGCCAAGGCAGUGGUACAGUAGUUUACAAAAACAACAUGUAUGUCAACUGGUACGAUACCCGGAACAUUGCCAAAGUUAACUUGACCACCAACACGGUUGCUGUAACUCGAACUCUCCCUGAUGCUGCCUAUAAUAACCGCUUUUCAUAUGCUAAUGUUGAUUGGCAAGACAUUGACUUGGCUGUGGAUGAGAAUGGAUUGUGGGUGAUUUAUUCAACUGAAGCCAGCACUGGUAACAUGGUGAUUAGUAAACUCAGUGACACCUCGCUUGUGGUGCUAAACACUUGGCAUACCAAGCAGUAUAAACCAUCUGUUUCUAACGCCUUCAUGGUAUGUGGGGUUCUGUAUGCCACUCGUACUCUGAGCACUAGAACAGAAGAGAUUUUCUACUACUAUGACACAAACACAGGGAAAGAGGGCAAACUAGACAUUAUAAUGCAUAAGAUGCAGGAAAAAGUGCAGAGCAUUAACUAUCACCCUUUUGACCAGAAACUUUUUGUCUAUAAUGAUGGUUACCUUCUGAAUUAUGAUGUUAUCUUCAAGAGGAACCCAAGCAAGCAAUACUCAUUUGAUAUUUAG